CUACUUUCUGUUCCCUCCGCUUCAUUUUUUUCUUCCCUGACAGAGAAUGGCUGUGCACGCACGCAUACUCAAUAGUCAAUACCAGCAGUAGAGCCCAUGCAUCCAUCAUAUCCGUAUAUAUUAUCUAGAGGGAGAAAGAAAUCCACCCCCCUCUAUGCCUCUAUCGUACGUGUCUAGAGAGAGAAUUAAACACAGUGCCGCUCGAUUCAUCAAAUCCCCCAUAAAAAAGCCUUUAUGAUGAAACCUUUUCGCUCAUAUAAUACAUAACAAACCAAUCACAACUACUUUGUUACUCUGCUGAAUUUGUCUUCGUUCUGUUAAAUAUCGUUCCUUUCGUUAUUUUCUCAGCUUGUUGGAGCGAAACUCAAUGUGGGUAUUGAUGGAUUCUUGAAGAGUUGGUGUUUGAGAGCUUCAUCUUUGUUUGCGUUUUGGGUUUUGUGUUUUUGUUUUGAUUUGUGUUUCAAUGGAGCUUUACCGCAAUUUUGAUCACUGUGACACCCACUUGCCUCCUGGGUUUCGGUUCCACCCAACUGAUGAGGAACUGAUUACAUUCUAUCUCUUGAAGAAGGUGCUUGACAGUAACUUUACUGGAAGAGCCAUUGCUGAAGUGGACCUUAACAGAUGUGAACCAUGGGAGCUUCCUGAGAAAGCUAAGAUGGGAGAGAAAGAGUGGUACUUCUUUAGUCUGAGAGACCGUAAGUACCCAACUGGACUUAGGACUAAUAGAGCAACUGAAGCUGGGUACUGGAAAGCUACUGGCAAAGAUAGAGAGAUUUACAGUUCAAAGACUUGUGCACUUGUGGGCAUGAAGAAGACUCUUGUUUUCUACAGAGGGAGAGCUCCUAAAGGAGCUAAGAGCAACUGGGUUAUGCAUGAGUAUCGCCUUGAAGGGAAGUUAGCUUACCAUUACCUCUCCAGGAGCUCCAAGGAUGAGUGGGUGAUAUCUAGGGUCUUCCAAAAGACUGGUGGCACCAACACCAGUAGCAGCAGCAGCAGCAAUGCUGGAGCCAAGAAGAUCCGAAUGGACACUAACAUCAGUCUCUACCCAGAAGUUAGCUCUCCUUCUUCCGUCUCUCUGCCACCACUUCUCGAAUCUGGGAGCACCUCCUCUUUCACAGGGACCACAUCGAACACCACCAUGACCGAUCGCGAUUGCAGAUCCUAUUUUAGCCAAUCCCAAUCCGAGCACGUGUCCUGUUUCUCCACAAUCGCGGCUGCAGCCUCCGCCGCCAACAACUACUUUGAUUUCACUCCAACUCAGCAUCAGCCACAGCAGCAUCCUCCAUUUCUUGCAGGUGACGCAGCCUCUAGGUUCCAAAGAAAUGCUGGUGUCACUGAAUUCCCAACCCUGAGGUCCUUACAGGACAAUUUACAGCUCCCGUUUUACUUCUCGCCGCCCGGGAUGAUCCCAUCUCUCCCUCCGCCGGCAAUGCAGGAAGGCGGUGCUGGUGGUGGCUCUAGUAUGAGUUGGGAUUUGGCUAAGGAGGAGAGGGUUGACUAUGGUGGUGGUGGAAGGAUUGCUGUUGGUCCUACUGAGCUUGACUGCAUGUGGACUUACUAGGACUGUUUGAGAAUCCAUGUUUAAUCUCUAGUGUCAUUGUCUUAUGAUCAGUAUUUCUAUGUCUGAAAAUCUGGAUUUGUGAUAAUGAUGCGUGCCUAGUGCUUAGUAAGUAGUGUUUGUAGGGUACAUUAGGG